AUCAAAGCCCGUUACUAUAAAGAAAUGAAAAAGUUUAUCGGAAUUCCCUGCCACUUUCGCGGUGUCGGUGAGUUCGCCGAAAUGAAGGCGGAUGGAAGCAAAGUCGCUCUCAUCUUCCCAAUGAUAAUUGAAAACCAAUCCGCUGGAUUUCGAGUCUGUUAUAGAAAGGCGGAGUUUCUGUUUGCCCGUCUGGCAGCGUCAACUGAACGAUUUCGCGAUUGGGUUGCUCUUGGAAACGUCAAUUUGGACGACUUAGUUGACGUCGAAUGCAGAGCAAUCUCAGACUUCGAGAAUAAUUUCAGGCUUUCUCAAAAUAAUGCAAUGGAGAUACGGCUUCAUGGCCCUGUUGAAAGGGUGACUUGUAUAAGCGCCAGUCUGAGCAAAUUGUCUUUUUUUUUUGUUCAGGCCAUUAAACGCCGAGGAAGAGCUGCCGAAGAACUGCCCAACGAAAUUCGCAUUGACUGCUUUACAGUAAAUUGCAUUCCCGUAAAGAAUACAAUCGAACAGCUGUUACAAAACCUGUUUGAUGCCCUCCUCAACUGCCUUCGUCGGUCAGUGCAGGCUGAUCUCGUGGCAGCGGAUGCCUUCCUCACAGGUGCGAUCAGCUUCACCACUAACACGUCUUUCCGUCAAUAUCCAUCUAUCUCAUGCCCCUUCACAGAUGCUUUGGAGAAGCUGUCGCAGCGACCCCAGACUGUGGAGGAGAUGAGUGAGGCAACAGCGAGGCACGCAGAGUUGGCUAAAGGACAGGCCCGACUGACGGAACAGCUGAAUUGUGCCGAAGACAAGGAUAGACUGCUAAAGAAUGUGUCAGGUGCCGGAGUGGGCGCCCUCGCCGCCACCAGGGCCAAGUGGGACAAAUUUCAACUGAUGAUGGAGAGCUUUAAGCUAAUGAUGAACGAACAAAUUGAGGUGAUUUAUUUUUCCGCUGUUUUUUCUUUCGUAUUUUUAACACUGCAGGUGCUCAAAUCCAACAUGGAGUCUCGAUUGAAAGUUUUCUUUGGCAAUUUGGAGAAAUUCGCCGCCCGUUGGUAUCAACUCAGACCCAGCACGGAACUCCUACACUCCGGGGACCGCAAGCAGGGCCUAGAGGCCGUCCAAGUCAUUCGCACACGCAAAGAAGAAUUCGGGGAAAUGGAAGAAACACUGAACGGACUCUUGUACGUCUAUCGGAAGUUGUACCGUGGUUCUAAGACAUUUCCAACUUCUAUACACAUUAGGCAGGACUGCAAGCACUUCGACAUGGCGCCACCCAACUGCUCCCUCGCAGAGGAGCUGCGGAACAAUUUUGUUGAGCUAGAGACGAUGUGGUCAGUAUAUGAAAAAUUUGCGCUCGAAGUGCAGGAAUUAUCCAAGGAGGACUGGAUUUCUUUUAGAUCUCGAACGUAUGUAUUUGAGGAAUUUCUCAGCAGGUGGUUUGACCAGUUAAGGAGUGAACAACCGUCUUCCAUAACAGCGAUACUGAUGAAAGAAAUUGACCAAUACAGGGUUAGUUUUCUCUCCGACUGA